CCUUUGCCUCACCAUUACACCUCCUAUUUCCUAUUGGCCCAAACCAGACGAAACCCACAAAUGUCGGAUCUGACAAGAACCCAUGUGUGUGUAUGUCUCUGAUGUCGUGUUCUUUUUGGCCUUGUUUGUUCUACUGUUUUCUCCGUUCAUGUGUGCACCGUUCACUUCUUUCUGCCAGCGCUAGAAGUGCUUCUACAUGGUGUGAUGAAUAUACAUGCAUAUACAUAGAGAGAGAGGGAGAGAGAGAGAGAGAGGAGAAGAUGAGUUGAGGGUGACCGAGAAGAAAAGGUAGCUGGAGGGGAUUUCAUCAAUCACCAGCUGCUUCUCGGAGUCCACUCCAUGUCUGCUUGGUGGUAAUAGUUCCCUUGCUUAAGCAAAGAUGUUAGAGAUUAUCCUGGUAUCCACCUCUCCAUUUUGCUAGAUAGACUAAAGUACAUCGGAAUCAGAAUUAGAACCUCCAGAUUUCACUUCAGCUUUGGUGUCCCUGUGAAGUGGGCUUCGUUGGUUAUGUUCAGUUCUUGUUCUAGCUUGGAUUGGUUACCUACAUUUUUAUUGGUGUAACUAUCAAGCUUUUUCUUAUCUCAACUUCAGAGUUAAUCUCUUUUUCCUGCUUAGAUUGAUGGCAAACUUCUCACAUGUUGAACCAAUACACCUAUACUCAUGGUGGGGCAGUCAUAUCAGUCCAAAUAAUUCCAAAUGGAUUCAGGAGAACCUUAAAGGUAUGAACGACAAGGUCAAAGCAAUGAUCAAGCUCAUAGAAGAAGAUGGUGAUUCCUUUGCACGGAGAGCAGAGAUGUACUACAAGAAGCGCCCUGAGCUUAUGAAUUUGGUGGAGGAGCUCUAUUGGGGGUAUCGUGCUUUAGCAGAAAGAUAUGAACACUCGACUAGAGCACUCCGCCAUGCUCAUCAAACAAUGGCAGAGGCAUUCCCGAACCAAAUCCCGUCAUCGAUUCCAGAUGAGUCACCUUAUGGCUUAUCUGGCGAUGAGGUUAAGCCACACAGUCCUGAAAUGCUUUUACCAGUUCGUUCACUAAUUCAAUCUGAUCAAUUUGACUCGGAUGCAAAAGGAAGUCAUAGGUCACACUCUGAAGAGAGUGAUCAAUUUUCCAGCAAAAAAGGUUUGAAACAAUACAAUGAAAUGCUUGCGACUGGUAAGGGGGAAGCACAUGCAAAUUCAUCUGAAAGGAAGGUAAAAGGUGUAAAACCUUUGGAGGAAGAGAGUAAGAAUUUUGAGAAUAAAGGACAUAGGUCAGAUCAAGAGGCUAACGUGAAACGGGAUGCAAACAAGGUGAUAAAAAAUCUGCAGCUAGAUAUUUCUCAGUUAUCACCAGAUAUCCAUGUUCUGAAGGACCAAAUAAUGGAAGAAUCUAAGUGUGCUAAUAAUGCUGAAAAUGAAGUUCAAAGCUUGAAGGGAACCCUCUCUAAAUUAAACUCUGAGAAAGAUGCAGCUCUUCUUCAAUACCAGGUUUCUCUUGAAAGAAUAUCUAGUCUGGAACUUCUGCUUUCAAACACACAACAUGAUUUGCAAAAAAACAGUGAUGGCUUGGUAAAGGAAGCCAAGAAACUCAAACAUGCUGAAGAGCUUAAUCAAUCUCUACAAUUGGGUUUGGACACACUAGAGAAUAAAGCAAAAUUGCAAGAACAUGAAAUUAACCAGAAGCAGGAGGAGUUGGAGAAACUCCAAACUACCCUACAAGACAAGUACCAGCAAUUCUUGGAAGCUGAAAUGGCUCUUGUUUCUAGUGAAAAGAAGUACAUCAAAUCUCAGGAAGAGGCAAAGCUUUUAGGUCAGGAGUUUCAGAAAGGGAUUGAGAAAUUGAGAAACAUGGAACAAUGUAAUAUGGGUUUAGAGGAACAAAUAUGCAAGCUUAAGGACGAAAUUAACAGUUUAAAUGAACAAAAUCUUCAUUCUACAUUGAUGAUAAAUGGUCUUCAAGAUGAUAUACUUUUGUUGAAGGAAAAGAAAAAAGAACUUGGGGAUGAAAUUAGGCUUCUCUUAGGAGAAAAUAAAGUUAUUAGCCAAGAGCUUUAUUAUCUGAAAGAAGAAAAAAAUGAUUUCGAAUGGAGGUAUGAAGAUCUAAUGGAAAAAAUGCAGGCUGUCAUCAUAUUUUCAGAAUCCCUUAAGGCAGCCAUCAAGGAUUUGCAAAAUGGAAAUUGUGAACUGAAAGAAGUCUGCAAGAAAUAUGAGGCUGAGAGGGAGCUUCUUGUGGAGAAUCUGAAAGAUAUGGACAAAGUCUCUGAGAAAAAUAUUGUCUUAGAAAGGUUUCUCUCAGAUGCAAAUGUUGAGUUAGAAGCUUUAAGAGAGAAGGUUGUAGCACUAGAAAAAUCACAGGAGUCUCUAAAAGGUGAAAUUUCCAUAUAUGUUAAUGAGAGGACUUCAGUUGCCUCUCAGUUCAAGAUUCUUAGCGAGAAUCUGCAGGUGCUUUCAGCAAAAAAUACCUUUUUGGAGAACUCUCUAUCUGAUGCAAGCAGGGAAGUAGAGGGUUUGCGGUCAAAAGUGAAAAAACUUGAAGAAUUGUGUCAGUUUCUUGAUGAUCAGAACUCGGGUCUUCUUGCUGAGAAGUUUGCUCUUGUAUCUCAGGUGAAAAGUGUUACCACAAAUCUGGAAAAUGUGGAACAUAGAUUUGAAGAACUUAUGGACGAGUACCUGAGCUUCUCAAGAGAAAGAGAUCUGAUGAUCAAUCAAGUCAAGGAGCUUGGAGAUAUUUUGAAAAUAAAAAAACAACAGCAUGAUACUAUUACCCAAUCAUACAAGCAUCUCCUAGGCACUUCAGAGAACCAAAUCUCUCUCCUGCAAGAGGAAAACCAACACAAAGAGAAGGAACUUCAAGCUGAACAGCAUAAUCUUAUCAGGGAACUGAUGGAAAAUUUCAUCUUGGGAAAGUGUUUAUCUGAUUUGAAAGAAAGGAAUUUGGUUCUUUCUCUUGAAGGUCAGAAGUAUCUAAAGGCUUGUAGAAAUGCAGAGACACUCGUUUCAAAACUUGAGCAGGAAAAGCUCAUCUACAUGAGAAACAUAAUGUCAUUGACAAGGCAUAGUGAGAAAUUAAGCGACAGGAUCCAUCUUCUGUAUAAAGCACUUAACUUACACAAAGAAUUUAUUUCUGUGGAAGAAAUCCAGGAUGAAGUCUGCCUAGAUAUAAUUCUCAGUGAACUUGAAAGAUUACUGAAUUCUGCUUCAGAAGCAGAGAGUAAUUAUCAACAGUCGCAACUUGAGAGAUCAGUUCUUGUUACUUUAAUGAGGAAUACAGGAUUAGAUGUGAUCAAUCUUAGAUUGCAGACAUAUUCACUUGAAAGGGAGCUUGAAAUGAAAAAUGAGGAACUAUUUGUGUUGGAACAUGAGAAGCAUGAACUCCUAGAAAGGAAUGAACAAUUAAUGAGAUACAUGGAAGCAAGCAACCAAAGAGAAGAAGUACUGAAGACUGAGAUCAAGGUCCUGCACAUGCAGUUAGCUGAUAUGCAAGAGGAUAACCGGACAACACGAUGUGAACUCGUCAAGCUACUUGAAGAAAAGAUGAGUCUGUCACAAGAAUUUUACAACUUAAGGCAGCAAUACAAUAUUUUGGGAGAGGAGCAUAAUGAAGUUCUUGUGGAGGCCAUGCAGCUGGAUCAUCUUUAUUCAUUCUUCAAGAGUCUUCAUGCUGAGAGAAUCAUGGAGUUGAAGUCCCUUGGUUGUGAUCUGAAUUCUCUUCAUGUGAUUAAAAAUGAUCUUUCCAGUGAGAUUAGCAGACUAAAUGAGAAAAUGAAGGUGCAUGAAGUGGAAAAGAUGCACUUUUCAGACUCCAUUACCUAUCUGGAAGAAGAGCUGAGAAAUCACCUAUUGAUUUCAGAGUUUGAUCUGAACACUGUUACAAUAUUAUUUGAAGAAUUAGAUCUUCAAGUAGAAACAAAAAAAAAUGAAUUGAUAGAGAAAGAAAAACUACUAUCAGAAUCAAAUAAGAAGGUUAAGUCCACUCAAGAGAAGAACAUGGAAUUGAACAGACUCCUUGAGGCUCUUCAGCUAAAUAACAUUGAGACCAAACUAACUCAGAAAGAGAUUCAGAAAAAGGUUUCAAAUUUAUCUCAAGUUGUAACUGCUAACUAUGAGGAGAUUAGAUUUCUUGGUGAAGAAAAUAAGAUAAAGCAGAGGGACAUUGAUGAAAUGCAUAGAAGUGUUGAAGUUCUUGUAUCCAGGGAGGAGCAGCUGACCUCAGAGCUUCAGAAAAGAAAAAGUGAGAUUGUGCAAUGUGAAGGGGAAUUGACAGCAAAGUUGAACGAUAUCCAUUUUUUAACAGUUUAUGCAGCACUGCAGGAUGAGAAGGUUCAUGAGCAAAUAGUAGAAGGCGAGAUCAGUGCUAUGGUGCGAAAAGAGAUACUAGCUGCUGAACUCUCUUUAAGCAAGAAAUUAAUGGAAGAGCUCAAGAAUAAGCUUCAUGACCUGGAGGGAGAAAAUAGAGGACUGAAGGCUAACUUAGAUAUUUACUUGUUCAUGCUAAAAUCUCUAUGGGAUGGUGUUGCCUCCAUUGAAUAGCAAAUCAUGUCAAUUUCAAAGCUUCAACUAUUGAUCAAGCAUGCAAAAGAGGUACUCAUCUAACUGCAAAUGAAAAUGAUUUUUUAUCUCAUGUUUAAGCAACAGACACAUCCAUUAUAGGGUCAAUGUAUGCUUGCUUACCUUUGCAAGAUAACAUACUCUCUGUGGCUUAAAUCCUAUUCACCUAGAGCCAAAAGAAGCAAUCUUAUUGUGAUAUCAACACAUUAUACAAAGCAAUCUUAUUGUGAUAUCAACACAUUAUACAUAGCAAUCUUAUUGUGAUAUAAAAGCCCACGUUAUACUUAUCUUGUAUUUACAUUACACAAUCAUCUUUUUUUAAUCAAAAGCAAUUUUAGGGAAAUUUAUUAUGGAUACUACUCAAUUUCAAAACCCCUAGAAAGGGGUGCUGCUGUAGGACAGCCCAUUUAUUCUUGUCUGGACCCUGCUGCACCACAGGACACUAUUGGCGAUUUAGGUCAUUCAGGUGGUAAUAGACUCUGGGGCUCAAUAUUGUCAUGCAACUCAUAGUGAACAAGUACCCUUGGAGAGAUGAAAAAAAACUUAGAAUCAAAAACAAAAAUAUUCCUGAAAUAUAGGACUGAUAAUGCACUCUAAAUAGAUGCCAAAUGACAAUAAGCUGAUCUGCUGUUCAGUUUGUGGGUGAAGCCAGAUAAUUGUCUGCUCUUCAGGAGAUAGCUGCUGGCUUGUCUCCCAGAUGUGUGUUAUAUACAAAGAUAUGAACUUUUAGUUGCAGGAGACCAUAACCUAGACCCUGUGCAUUUUCUUUUUGCCCUCUUAAUAUAUUGUCCUGUCCUCUCAUAUAAAUAUUUUCGGUCUUAUUGUCAUGCAAUUUAUUACUGGUCUUGCUAACUGGAAUCACAAGUUUGGAUGUCCGACAUGCCAAGCAUAUAUUGUUUUUACAGGACAUGUCCUUGAUGUCUCACCAGUAUUGUGAUAGCAAUCAACCAAAUGAAAAACCUAUGGGCACAAAAGCAGCUGGAGUUCUGCUGAUGGAGAAGUUGAUCGAUAAAGUCAUAGUUCUUCAAAAGGUGAUCAUAGAUAUCACAAAUCUUCUAGAGCACGAAAGGCUCGACUCUGGUGCUAGUUCAGAGGCAGCAAGGAAAGAAGUUGAAAUAUUAAAGACAAAGGCACUUCCGGUGCUAAUCCAUGAUGCACAGAGCAUCGAUAAGUUAGAUCUACACGAAAGAUCUUUGGAAUCCAAACAGGAAUGGAACAAGAGAGUCCUCAGAAGACUUGAUUCUGAUGCACAAAGACUAUCAGACCUUAAAAGGAACAUAGGGGAGUUGAACAAGAGGAUGAGCUCUCAAAAGGAAAAGCUCCCCGCAAGUUAUGGGCACGAUAUUAUCAAAGAACAGUUGAAGGAGACCGAAGGAUCCAUGUUGGAGCUGAUCGAUGCCAAUUCCAGAUUGAAAAUGAUGGCCAAAGACUGCUCUUCUCAUGAUGAUAGAACAAUUGGACCUGAAGAUAAAUCCGACGCUGAAAGAAGGCAAAUUUCAGAACAGGUAAAGUUGCGAUCAGAGAAGGUUGGAAGGUUGGAGCUUAAACUGCAGAAGAUCCAACAUGUCUUGAUGAGAAUUGAGGAAGAAGUGCAUGAGAACAGGCAAGGUAAAACUGCAAGAAGAAAUAGAGUAGCUUUGAGGGACUAUCUCUAUGGGAGGAGAGACAACUACAUGCAUAGAAAUGUAAGUCUCUUGUGUGGCUGUAUUAGGAUUUCUGGUAGUUAAUCUUAAUAACAACAAUAAUAAUAAUAGUGAGCAUACAAAACUUGAAAUAUGCUUUCUUUUAUAAAAUCUCAUACAAAUUGUGUGGAAUUUAUACUCACUACAUCAGUGAGCUAUAUAAAGAUCUCAAUUUGUCUUCUUUUUCUCUUCCUGUUAGUAU